CAGCUGUUUUAUGCAUUCCAGGACAACCGCUACCUCUACAUGGUGAUGGAGUAUAUGCCUGGUGGAGACCUGGUCAACCUAAUGAGCAACUACGAUGUGCCUGAGAAGUGGGCUCGUUUCUACACUUCUGAGGUUGUGCUGGCACUGGACUGCAUCCACUCCAUGGGCUUCAUUCACAGGGAUGUAAAGCCUGACAACAUGUUGCUAGACAAGGCAGGCCACUUGAAGCUGGCAGACUUUGGGACCUGCAUGAAAAUGAACAAGGAUGGAAUGGUACGAUGUGACACAGCAGUAGGAACUCCCGACUAUAUUUCUCCCGAGGUACUGAAGUCGCAGGGAGGAGACGGUUACUAUGGCCAAGAGUGUGACUGGUGGUCUGUGGGGGUCUUCCUGUAUGAGAUGCUCGUCGGUGACACGCCGUUUUACGCUGACUCUCUGGUGGGCACCUACAGCAAGAUCAUGAAUCACAAGAAUGCCCUGACCUUCCCCGAUGACAGCGACAUCUCAAAGGAUGCAAAAAGCCUCAUCUGUGCUUUCCUCACCGACAGGGAGGUGCGGUUAGGACGCAAUGGAGUCGACGAAAUCAAGCGACAUAGUUUUUUCAAGAAUGACCAGUGGGCAUGGGAGAACAUCAGAGAGAUGGCUGCCCCAGUGGUGCCGGAGUUAAGCAGUGAUGUAGACACAAGCAACUUUGACGACAUUGAGGAGGAUCGAGGGGAGGAGGAGACAUUCCCCAUUCCUAAAGCAUUUGUAGGCAACCAGCUUCCGUUUGUGGGCUUUACCUACUACCAGUUUCCUCGGGAACCAGCUAUAAAGACAAGUGACAAACGCAGCUCGACAAAGGAAGAUAAGAGUCAUUUGGAGAAUCUUCAGAAGAGAAUUUAUCAGCUAGAAGAACAACUUCACAGUGAGAUGCAGCUGAGAGAUGAGAUGGAACAGAAGUGCAGGGCAUCCAAUACAAAGCUAGACAAGAUAAUGAAAGAGUUAGGCGAGGAGAGUAACCUAAGGAAGAGUAUGGAGACUAACAUGUCUUUACUGGAGAAAGACAAGAUCAUGAUCCAGCACCGAGCAACAGAACAUCAGAGAAAGGCGGAACAGGAGGCUGAAAAACGAAAAAAUCUGGAGAAUGAGGUGUCUACUUUGAAGGAGCAGCUGGAAGACUCGAGAAAAAUGAGUCAAAACAAUGAAAAAGUCGCCCAGCUGCAGAACCAACUGAGGGAAGCCAACGAUCUUCUGCGGGCCGAGUCUGACACGGUGGUGCGUUUGAGGAAGAGCCACACAGAGAUGGCGAAGUCCAUGAGCCAGCUGGAGAGUGUGAAUCGCGAGCUGCAGGAAAAGAGCCGUGCCGCAGAGAACGUCAAACAACAGCUGGAAAAAGAGCUGCUCCAGUUGCAGACCACGCUGGACACAGAGAGGCGAACCUGCAGCCAGGGCUCAGAGGAGAUCAGAGAACUGCAAGCUCGUAUCACAGGUCUACAGGAGGACAACAAGAACUUGAAGCACAAUCUGUCUAAAGUGGAGCUAGAGAGGAAACAAGUGCAGGACAGAUGUAACGUUCUUGAGAAGGAGAAGAACAGUCUGGAAAUCGACCUGAACUACAAGCUGAAGACUCUACAGCAGCGGCUGGAUCAGGAGUUGACAGAGCAUCGCAUCACGAAGGCUCAACUCACAGACAAAUACGAGUCUAUUGAAGAGACCAAGUCAGCUGCUAUGCACACGGUGGAGCAGAAGGUGUCGGAAGAGAACACGCUGCGGAUGCGAGCGGAGAGCAGGGUGGUGGAGGUGGAGAAGCAGUGCUCCAUGCUGGAGUUUGAUCUCAAGCAGUCUGUACAGAAGAUGGAGCAGCUGAUGAAUCAGAAGGAGAGGCUGGAGGAAGAGGUGAAGGAGCUGCGGGUGCAGUUGGAGCAGGAGUCCGGGAAGCGCGUGCUGGCCCAGAACGAGCUGAAAAACUGGACGAUGGAGGCCGAACGUCUGAAAGGAUCAGAGAAGCAACUCAAACAGGAGAUCAACGCGGCCCUCGAGAACAAGCGCUCCGUUGAGUUCCAGCUGGCACAGCUCACCAAGCAGUACCGAGGAAAUGAGGGUCAGAUGAGAGAACUUCAAGACCAGCUGGAGGCUGAGCAGUAUUUCUCAACACUCUAUAAAACUCAGGUGAAGGAGCUAAAGGAGGAGAUAGAGGAGAAGAAUCGACAAACUCAAGAGGCUCUCAGAAAAGUCCAAGACCUGUACUCAGAGAAGGAGUCACUCUCUGCUCAGUUGGACCUGACCAUGACGAAGGCCGAGUCGGAGCAGUUGGCCCGCGCGCUGCAGGAGGAGCAGUAUUUUGAACUCUCUCAGGAGCACAAGAAAGCCUCCUCACGGUACAAACAGGAGAUCUCAGAGAAGGACUCGACCAUCACACAGCUUGAGGAAUCCAAUAAAACCCUUACCAAAGAUGUGGAGAUCCUCAGUAAGGAGAAGACAGAAUUGAACGAGAGACUCCGAGCUCGAGAAGAAGAGUAUACUGCAGAGAAGGAAGAGCUGGCAAACACAGUAAAGGCCAAUUACGAGAAGGUCCUUAAUACAGAAAGAACUCUGAAGACCCAGGCGGUGAAUAAGCUGGCUGAGAUCAUGAACCGUAAGGACAUGAAGUUGGACCAGAAGAAGAGAGGCAGCACCACUGACCUGCGCAAGAAAGAGAAGGAGAACCGCAAGCUUCAGCUGGAGCUCAACCAGGAGAAGGAGAAGUUCAACCACAUGGCCAUCAAGAACCAGAAGGAGCUGAACGAGAUGCAAGCGCAAUUGGCAGAGGAGUGCACGUAUCGCAAUGAGUUGCAGAUGCAGCUAGACAGUAAGGAGAGUGACAUUGAGCAGCUUAGAGAGAAACUGAACGACCUGCAGCUCCGCGUGGACAACUCCAGCGUCAGCAGCCUGCAGCCAGACGAGUUUGACAGUAACAUCGCUGAAUCAAGGCUUGAAGGCUGGCUCGCGAUACCGAAUAGGGUAAAUAUUAAAAGAUACGGCUGGAAAAAGCAGUAUGUUGUGGUGAGCAGUAAAAAAAUUAUCUUUUACAAUGAUGAGCAAGACAAGGAGCAGUCCAACCCUUCUAUGGUACUAGACAUUGACAAACUUUUCCAUGUGCGUCCUGUCACGCAAGGCGACGUCUAUCGAGCGGAGGCAGAUGAAAUUCCAAGAAUAUUCCAGAUCCUGUAUGCUAAUGAAGGUGAGUGCAGGAAGGAAGCGGAGGUGGAGAGUGUUCCUCAGGGUGACAAGACCAACUGCUUGCCCCACAAAGGCCAUGAGUUCAUCCCCACUCUCUAUCAUUUCCCCUCGAACUGUGAGGCUUGCUCCAAACCGCUGUGGCACGUCUUCAAGCCUCCGCCGGCCCUGGAGUGCCGCCGAUGCCACGUCAAGUGCCACAAGGACCAUCUGGACAAGAAGGAGGAUGUUAUCGCCCCUUGCAAAGUGAAUUAUGAUGUGACAUCAGCUAGAGACAUGCUGCUCCUGGCCUUGUCCCAAGACGAGCAGAAGAAAUGGAUCGGUCAUCUCGGCAAGAAGAUUCCCAAGACCCCUCCUUCUACCUUCGCAAGAGCGUCUCCUCGCAAUAUGUCCUCUCGCUCCGUAGCAAACCAGUCCUUCCGCAGGAACCCCAAGAACAUGUCGGGCAAGCCAAGCAGGGCGCAGUCCUUUCUCCAAGCGGCAGACACAACAUCCAGUACAUGCUGACAGCAUCACACAGCCUCUCCAGACCUUACAUUUCUAACGGUGUAGUCGACUGCUCCGUGUUUUUACGGUUGAGCUUAACUGUGGUGACGUGUUCUUUGGAGGGGUGUGCUUUUCUGUUUACUGUGGGUUUACUAGAAUGGCAGAUUCUUUCCUUUACAAACUUAAGGUCUGGGCAAUUAAAAGGGAAUUUCCUUCAGCUGGAGCGAGGCUCUCUACGGGCUUGGCUUUAAAACUUCUAAUCUCCCCUUCUUUUUAAAUUCUGUUAGGAAACCCACUCCUGAGCUCCCCCUGCUAAUGAAGUGGCAUUCAAUACAAACGCUCCAAAAUCAUCUUAUUUGUACUCGUGCUAGCAAAAAUAACACUUUAGAGGCACAAUAUGUA